AUGGAUAAGUUAACUGUCAUCUCUGGCAUCUUAUUUUUUAGCUCUGAAGUUUUUGCUAUUGCCAGCUUGGCACAUCCAGACUGGAUCAACACAGGGGCUGUUGCAGGUGCGCUGACUUUAGGAUUAACUAAACAGUGUCAGACAAUUUUCGGACGUGACCGGAUAUGUUUCUCCCCCACCUUACCUCCUGAGUGGAUAUGUGCAUUAUUUUUUCUCUCUGCUGGUAUUGCAUGUUUGGCAGGCACAUGCAUACUAGUUGUCUUAUCUCAUUGGCACCGUUCUAUGCUUAUGUAUGCUCGUUGGGUGGCCUUUAGUGCAAUUGGUUGCUUGUGUCACGUUGGAAUUCUUUUUCCUAUUGGUUUCCGUCAAGUAUCUGUUGGUGGUGCUCCAUUCAAUCUACCUGCUGUGUGGAGUCUAGGAGACUCUUAUAAACUCCUAUGGGUGUUUGCUGUGGUGUUAUCUUGUUCAGGAUGGUGCAUUCUAAUGAUGCCAAUGCGAAUGUGGUUACUCAACAGAUGA